AUGAUGGGGCUGAAGCUCAUUCGACUCGACCAACACCUAUACACAUUGUACCUCGUCACUGCUAGUGACUUUGUUGCAGUCCUCAUACCGCAGACGCUCUUUGCCAGCUUUUCAGUCCUUUCGGGUCAAUUCACUAACCGCAAUGUACAACUAUCUCCCGCCGCAUUGCUUUCCCGUUUGCCCUACAUUUUGCUUUGGAUAUGGCUGCAGCUCUUAGUGCUCGAUUUGGCCAACCAGCGCCUUCCCGAGUCCGUGACUGAAGACACUCUUAAUAAACCUUGGCGACCCAUUCCAUCCGGUCGCCUCACUCCUUCUGGAGCCCGUGAUCUUCUGGUCUUCAGCAUCGCUUUGACCUUGGUUUUGUCUUCAAUGCAGCUUGGAGGCGCCUCUGAAACACUUCUCCUCUUUACGUUAAACUGGGUUUAUAACGACAUAGGCCUUGCCAAUAGUCACUGGGCUCUACGCAAUUUGAUGAAUGCUUUGGGAAUCACGACCAUCGGAGCGGGCGCCAUAAGUGUUGCCUUCAAGGGGUAUGAGUACGACAUAUCCGUGGACCGCACGGCGAUGUAUCGGUGGCUGUUUCUUUGCGCUGCCGUAUUGAUGUCAACAGUACAGGCUCAGGACUUGUAUGACCAAGAAGGAGACUCUGUACGUGGCCGAUCCACAGCUCCAUUGGUGCUCGGGGAUUGUACGGCGCGUUGGUCAGUUGCAAUUCCCGUGUUGUUCUGGAGCAUUGCAAUCCCAGCAUUUAUGGGACUAGGAUUGUUCGAACAUAUGUAUGGAUACGCCACUCCUGUACUCAUGGGAAUUAUUGUGGCAACGCGCAUCUUGACGCGACGUACUGUAGUCGAUGAUAAAACCUCGUUUAAAGCGUGGGCUGUGUGGACUAUCUGUUUAUAUAUGUCACCACUGUUGAAAGUAAUACUUUAA